UAGGCUCCGCCCACUCAGGACUCUGUCUCUUGUCUCUCGCGCACGAGAGAGAUCGUAGGUUCCACGCGGAUUCUACGCCGCGCACGUGACACGCCCCGCCAGAAGAUGGGAAGCCAGAGUUUGGAAUUUCUUUAUGGCUGCUCAGCAAAUCCAUGACUGAAUUGGAACUUGAAUCCAUAUGUUACAGAUUCUGCAGAAUGUAAAAUUGUGAUGCUUUGAUGCUCUUUUUGAUGUUCAGUGUGUCUCCUGUUUGGCGGUACAGUUAAGAGUUUGUGCCAAAUAAGGACAUAGCUAAUUUUCAGGGUAAGGUGAAUCUCAUUUUGAUCUUGCAAUUUUAUCUGUCGUGGAAGGCUACAGUGCAGCAGCAACCCUUAUCUUUGUAAGUCUGAAUAUUAUAUAUGUGUAUGUGUAUGAAAUGCAUUCAGUUGUGUGGUAUUAAUUAUAUAGCAUGGAACAUAUAACUACUUAGUGGAUAAUUCAUAAGCAACACAAAGGUGGCCUCUUUGAGCCAGGAAAUGUGAUUUCUCACAUGAUACAAGUAUGACUGUAGCGGGGUUUGCCCUGAAACUCCCCCCCCCCCAUGCAGCACAUAACAUUUGCAGCUUUCUCGCUUGCUUAGCCAGGAGAAGGGCAGAAUGAUAUCCAAUUAAUUGCUUUUACAGCCUUAGAAAUAUGAAAGAGAAACUUGCUGCAUUUUUAAAUCCUUUUUUGCCAGGACUAUCUUUGCAGGACAACAAGAUGGAAGUUGAUGAAACCAGUGCAUUGCUACCAAAGGCGGACAAAGUGGACAUAUUUUGCCCCUCUAAUGCACAGGGCUCCCUGCUGAAUCCCAGCAGAGGAAGAAAAGCAUGGCAUCUUAGGAAACGGACAAGAAAAUGGCACCUCUGCCCAUCUUCCCAUCACCCUCUGGAUUCACUUAGCCGCUGUGUUAAAUACUUGACCUUUGUUUGGAAUCUGGCCGCCUCCAUUGCAGGAUUGCUCUUUUUGGCCAUAGGGAUCUGGGGUCUCUCCGACAAAGAGUCACUGGCAAGUGAGCGGAUAACUUAUUUGGGCAGCGACCCCAUGCUCUUUUUUGUGUUAGCAGGUCUUGUAGCCAGCACCAUCUCUCUCUUGGGCUGCCUAGGAGCCCUCUUUGAAAACACCUGCCUCUUGAAGCUUUUCACGGGAGGAAUCAUGAUGUUUGUGAUCCUGGAAACUCUGGGUGGAAUCGUUUUCUUUUCUCUGAGACGCCAAAUCAAGACCUCCUUGCAAGAGUCCCUCACUGUGGCUGUGCUACGAUACCAGGAUGACCCAGAUCUCAAAUUCAUCAUGGAUGAAAUUCAGAUGGGCCUGCAGUGCUGUGGGGUGGAAUCCUACCUAGACUGGAAAACAAAUUUAUAUUUUAACUGCAGUUCUCCAGGCGUGCAAGCCUGCGGCGUCCCAGCUUCCUGCUGCCUGGAUCCGCUGGAAAACGGCACCAUCCCGAAUUCCCAGUGUGGCUUUGGCACCCUGGCCCUGGAGGAGUUUGUGGCUCAAAGCACCGUCUAUCUCGGAGGCUGCGUUCCCCAGCUGAGCAGAUGGCUUAAUAAUCAUGCAGGAGUGAUUGGCUUGUAUUGUGUGCUUCUGAUUGUGAUUGAAGUAGGAAGCUUAUUACUGACCGCUAAGCUCCUGGCAGGCAUUGCCCUUGCUAGGACUCGGGAUUUCAGUGAGAAGGAGGAAACAAAUUUGCUCUCCUAUCAUCAGAGACAAAAGGGAUUUUGCUCAUGAUCUGCUGCAAACUAUGAAUCCAGAAUAACCUUCUGAGAGCAACGGGAACUUAGAGGGGAGGGGUGUUGUGUACUAAGCUUGGAUCCUAGAACAAUAGGCAGGUAGGAUCCUAGAAUGCAACAACUGAUUGGCUUGCAGGAAAAGACCAAUCAGGCUCCAGGAGGAAGUUAAUCAGCCUAUUAGGCUGGUAGGAUCGUAGAAUGCAACAACUGAUUGGCCUGCAGAAAAAGACCAAUCAGGCUCCAGGAGGGAAUCAGAAUCAGCCAAUCAGACAGGACUCAUUGUGUAAAUAAUGUAUAUAAAAGCCUGAGGUUUUGGGGGCAAUUCAAUCACUGUUUUACAAGCUGCAAUAAAGAGCAUGAAAUCA